AUGUCCUCGACGACACGACCAAGAUAUCAAAUUUGUCUUAUCGGUUCCGGUGGCGUUGGCACAAUUGCAUCGGUUGUGCUGACAAAAUCUGGUCUGGCUUGUGUAACUACUGUUCUUCGUUCCAAGUACAACUACGUUUCACAGCAUGGAUGGAACAUCGAAUCUAUCGACCACGGCACGCUCCACGGAUGGAAGCCACACCGCCUAGUAAGCUCAGCUCGUGAUGCUGCGACUGACGAGAACGGAGAGCCAAUAGAAUACGACUACGUAGUGGUGUGUACGAAACAAUUACCCAAUAAAAGCCCUGUCACAGACAUGAUAUCAUCGGUGAUGACGCCUGGGAAAACAACAGUGGUCAUGAUACAAAAUGGCAUGGGAAUUGAACAAGAGAUAAUCAGCAUGUGGCCAGAAAACGCUGUUAUGAGCAGUGUUAGCCAUAUCGGGAGUUCAAUCAAAGAGCCCAACGUCGUGCUUCAGAUUGGAAAGGAUGUUUCGAAAAUGGGGCCACAUUUUCACGACGGACUGGACGAUGCUAAGAGCAGGGAAAGAGCCAAGGCAUUCGUACAAAUGUACGUCGCGGGGGGCUGCAGCGUCUGCGAACCGGUGGAUGAUAUCCAGGUGGCGAGAUGGGAGAAGCUGUUGUGGAAUGGGACCUUCAACACUGUCUGCGCCUUGAUGAGAAUGGACGUUGGUGAAGUUCAGAGAAGCAAAGGAAGAGAAACGCUGCUUGUUCCUAUGAUGUGGGAAAUCUGGCGAAUUGCAAAUGCUGCAGGCCAUCAUAUGCCGGAAUCGAUUGUUAGCUGGAUGGCAUAUCGACUUCCGGACGACUGCAGUUAUCGGCCAAGUAUGCUAUUGGACCUUGAAAACGGGCGCCCCAUGGAAUUGGAAGUUAUUUUAGGAAACCCGCUGAAGACAGCGAAAGAGCUGGGAGUGGAUGCGCCAAUCAUGACUACAGUCUAUAAAUUCCUUAAGCUAGAGGAGUGGAAGAUUGACCAGAAAAUAUAA